AUGUUCUGCUUCUGCCUGCAGAGUUCUCUGCUGAAGCUCCAGGCGCUGGAGGUGGAGGGGGUGCCCUCGCUGGGUCCGUCCCCAGAGGAGAGCCCCCCUGCCCCGGGCAGCAAGGAGCAGAAGAGCCCCUGUGGCCCUGUGGAGCUCGGAGGGAAGGAGGGCAAGACGCUGGCUCUGUGCCACGGGGUCCCCUCUGACGAGAACAGCCCCCCAGAGCUCCUGGCGGUCCAGACCAGACCGCCACAGUCCCCCAGACACCAGCCGUUCACCACCAUCCACCCUGGCCAGCAGCCCCUGACCCCCGACAGAGCUCUGCCCCCCAGCCCUCAACAGUCCCCCUACUCCCCCCAGAGGAGCAGCCCUGGAGGGGAGGGGGGAGGAGAGGGAGGAGCUCUCCUCCAGCUCCUGGCGGGCGGCCCUGGCCCUCUGCCCUCCCCCCGCUGCUCCAGCCUCAGCCACAGCCUGAGGUUCAACUCCGACCCUGAAACCCCACCGUCACCGCCCUGCAGCCAGCAGUACAUACAGUGUCGAGCUCGGGACCGGACCGAGGUCCCGGAGGACCGGGAGUGCCCCUCGUCCAUCGCGUUCCUCACCAAACAGAUUCAGACCCUGAAGAAGAAGGUCUGCAGGUUUGAGGAUCAGUUUGAGCAGGAGAUGAACUACAAGCCGUCCCACAACGAUAAGUACUCCAACCCGGAGAUGAUCCGUGUGAUGGGGGACCUGGCGAAGGCUCGCAGACAGCUCAAAGCGAUGAGACUCAGGCAGUCGGUGUUUGAGUCGAAGGAGUCUGACGGUCCAGAGAACUCCACCAGGUCCGGCUCGGGCCAGCAGGGGGCGCCGGAUCACAAGGCCACUCUGGAGGAUACGGUGGAGUCACUCUUCAGACGGCUGAGAGAGAAGAGGCAGGCUCUGGGCCUGCCGGACAACAUGAAGGACAUGACUCAGUCUCAGAUGGUGCUGGAGAAAAUCACCCUGCAGAAGUUUCUCCUCUACUUCGAGAGUCUGCACGGCCGACCGGUAGUGAAGCAGAAUAGCCUGGUGAAGCCUCUGUAUGACAGAUACCAGAUGAUCAAGCGUUUACUCUGCACCAGCCCGACCAUCGCCACCAUAGAGGAAGAGGACGGUUCUGAUGAAGACUCGAUGAGCUCCCUGACGGUCCAUGAACCUCCCGUCCCGCCUCCUCCAAGAGCGACCAGACCUGUAGCCGGCGAGGAGGACAGCGACCGGGACAGCGACCCGGCUUUCGUGUCCCCGAUGGACGAGGUGAAGGCCGACCGUCAACAAGCUGCGUUCACCACGGCUAACCUGCACGAAGCCUCCAGGUCCCAGCUGCUGGAGUGUCUCCGAGAGACGAGGGCUGAGAAGAAGACGAGGCGUAAAGCUCUGAGAGAGUUCGAGGACGAGUUUCACCGUCAGACUGGAAGAAUCUGUCAAAAAGAGGAUCGCAGUCCGAUGAAGGACGAGUACCAGGACUACAAGCAGCUCAAGGCCAAGCUCCGUCUGCUGGAAGUCCUCCUCAGCAAACAGGAAGUCCCAACAACCGUGUCCUCCUCAGAACUCUCCAUGUGA